AUGGAAUUCUGUGUGGUUUUGCCAUGUUCUGUUCAGCAGUACCAGGUUGGACACCUUUAUUCUGUGGCUGGGGCUAGUAAGAAUGAAACUGGUAGUGGAGAAGGAACUGAAGUCUUAAAAAGUGAACCUUAUGAGAAGGAUGGAGAAAAGGGACAGUAUAUACACAAAAUGUAUCACCUAAAGAGCAAAGUUCCAGUCUUUGUGAGGAUGAGUGCUCCUGAGGGUUCCUUGAUGGUCCAUGAAAAAGCCUGGAAUGCAUACCCCUACUGUCAAACAAUUGUAACAAAUGAAUAUAGGAAUGAUGAUUUCUUCAUUAAAAUUGAAUCAUGGCACAAACCAGACCUGGGAACAUUAGAAAAUGUACACAGUUUAGAUCCUAACACAUGGAAAACCAUCAAAAUCAUCCACAUAGAUAUUGCAGAUCGAAGUCAAGUUGAACCAGCAGACUACAAAACUGAUGAAGACCCAGCAUUGUUCCAAUCAGUCAAUAUCAAGAAAGGCCCUUUGGGACCCAACUGGAAGAAAGAGUUGGCAAACAACCCAGAUUGCCCUAAGAUGUGUGCCUAUAAGCUGGUGACCAUCAAAUUCAAGUGGUGGGGACUGCAAGGCAAAGUAGAAAAUUUCAUUCAGAAGCAAGAAAAAAGGAUAUUUACAAACUUUCAUCACCAGCUUUUUUGUUGGAUUGACAAGUGGACUGAUCUGACAAUGGAAGACAUUAGAAGGAUGGAAGAUGAAACUCAAAAAUAA